UGCAACCCAGAACAUUUCUUUCUGUCUUGACUUUUCUUGACUCCUAUCGCCUUCCAUCAUGAAGCACCAUCUUAUGGUCGGCACCUGGACUCCCCCAGGCCGCAUCUAUACAGUUCAGUUUGAUGAUGAGGCCCUCACACUCACUCUCCUGCAUAAGACAGACAUUCCUGAAGCGGAGCCUAUUUCCUGGAUGACCUUUUCCCAUGACAAGAAGACAAUCUAUGGCGCGGCUAUGAAGAAGUGGAACAGCUUCGCUGUUAGAAGUCCAACAGAAAUUAUCCAUCAAGAAUCCCAUCCGCUAGGUGGCCAUCCUCUGGCCCCAAAUGCCGACUCCAACACCCGUGCCAUCUUUGUUUUGGCGGCACGCAAACCGCCGUACAAUGUCUAUGGCAAUCCCUUCUACAAAUACGCUGGCUAUGGCAAUACUUUUUCUGUAAAAUCAGAUGGUUCUCUUGCUUCCAAUAUCCAGAAUUACGAGUAUGCUCCUGACUCGGGUGUGCAUGGCAUGGUCUUUGACCCCUCCGAGACAUAUCUAUACUCGGCUGAUCUCCAAGCCAACAAAAUCUGGACGCAUAAAAAAGACCCAGAAACAGGCCAGCUGGCACUAGUUGAUUGCAUUGACGCUCCUUCCCCUGAUGACCAUCCGCGAUGGAUGGAGAUCCAUCCUAGUGGGAAGUAUCUGUACGUGCUGAUGGAGGCUGGUAAUCGGCUAGCUGUCUAUGUGAUCGAUGAGAAACGUCAUGUCCCUGUCUUCACCCAUAUGACUUAUCCUCUGAUUCCACCAGGUCUCCCCCCUCGCAACAAAUACCGUGGCGACGUUGUCUUUACAAACCGCAGUGGCAAGUAUCUCUUUGCUACCUCCCGUGGGAAUGGGUUUGACUACACAGGCUACAUCAGUGCCUACAAGCUGGGGCCGCAUGGCAACGUGGAACGGCAGUUGUUCAUCAAUCCUACCUCCACCAGCGGUGGCCACUCAAAUGCAGUUAGUCCCUGUGAUUUCAGUGAUGAGUGGUUAGCGCUCUGUGAUGACCAGCAAGGGUUUGUGGAAAUGUACCGCUUCCAAGACGAAUUGCUUGCUCGAGUGGCUCGGGUGGACAUCCCAGAGCCGGGAUUUGGGAUGAAUGCUAUUUGGUAUGAUUAGAUAAUGCAAAGCAAUAGUUAGCUAGUUAGCUAACUAGGUCGACUUCGAUUUCAAUAGAAUAGUAGGUAUAAGGCUUUGAGUCUAAGAUGAC